CGCUAUUUAUUUAUUUGAGGUCGCGCAAAACGAUCGAUAAAUAUUAUAAUCAGGAAUUCUAGCAGGAGUAACGACAGGUGAGCUAUGUCUAAAAUUCCAAGAAACUUUAAGCUUUUAGAAGAGUUGGAGAAGGGCGAAAAGGGGUUGAGUGCCGAGUCGAUUUCAUAUGGGUUGAGUAAUCAAGAUGACAUUACCAUGACCCACUGGAACGGUACCAUAUUGGGCCCCCCACAUUCCACCCAUGAGAACAGGAUAUACUCGUUGACAAUCAUCUGCGACGACAAGUACCCAGACAAACCACCCCAGGUGCAAUUUGUUUCAAAGAUCAACUUGCCGUGCGUCGAUAGCAACGGGUAUGUAAACCCAGAUAAAUUCGAUACAUUGCAGAACUGGAAAAGAAGCUAUUCCAUGGAAACCGUAUUGUUGGAGUUAAGAAGAAGCAUGGCGUCGCCUGCCCACAAGAAGUUGCACCAGCCACCCGAAGGUUCCACAUAUGACUGAAGGUAGUACAUUCAAGUAAUUUAUUCGUAUCCUUUGAGUUGGUAUACUUUCAUAUUAAUAUACAUGACAUCUAUUUACAUUGCCACAGGGUAUUUGUGUUGAUUGCUUGUAUAUCACCGUGUAGCAGUCUGCUGGUUUGUUUGCUUUCGUUUAUUCAUCUUGUAGCAUUCGGCUCAAGUCCUUUUCCGCUUGCAAAAAUUUCUUGACGUUCGAGUCGUACUUCGGAUCAUGGAAAAGGCCUCGAUUUGUGUGCUCAUGAGUCACUUCAAUGUUGACCCAUUUAUCAGCCUUGAUUCUUUUACCAUCCUGGACUAUGGUUGUCGGAACUAAACACCGCUGGAACAACCUUUUGAACGGGAGGCAUAUGACUUCGGGGGGUAGGCCGGGGUUAGAGAGUUUGAAGGUACAUUCACUUUGAACUAGCGACUUCAACAGGCACUGGUACUUGUCAGGGUUAUCAAGUUUCUCGCCGUAUCGGGUGAGGAUGUCAAACCUGUCGUACACGGGAGUGGGUGGAGCCAUU